AUGAUAUCAGAUUUCAAAGCUAGGCGCGUUCGUUAUUUUUAUUAUUAUUUAUUUAAACAACAGACCGUUUUAUUGAAUGAGUUGUUAAGUGCUUCACCCCUCCGACUCUUUGCUAUUUCAUUCUCUAUCUCUCCACACACAACUACUUACACAUUUCUUCUUUUCAUUUUUUUUAACUUUGUUUUGUCUGUCAUUUCCCGUAUCUAUCGUUACCAAUUUCCUUCUUUCUUCUUUGUCUGUCUUUUUGUUGUUGUUGUUUUCAGGAAUUUUUUUUGUUUUUUCUUCGCUCAUUCAACCUUUUUUUAUCUAAACUCUCUUGUUUUUCUUUCCGAAUUUCUCUUUUCUUAUUCUCACCGGCUUUCUUUCCACUCCUUUUACUUUCUUACUUUUUAUGUUUUUAUCUCUUGUUCUUUUUAUAAUUUCCUCCCAUUUUUCAUCCUCUUUCUUUCUUUGGCUUUGCUUCUCUUUUUUUAUUAUUUAUUUUUCAUUUAUUAUUCUUCCUGUUCUUUCUCUCUCUCUCUCUCUCUCUCUCUCUCUCUCUCUCUCUCUCUCUCUCUCUCUCAUGUUCUUUAA